AUGGACGGAUUUUUACUCAGUGAAAUCUCCGCAAAGGUAAGAGGUUGUUGAUGCGUUCUUGUCGUUAGAUUGUAGGGGGAAGAGCAAUUGAAAAAUGAGGCUCUAAGUAGUCAAUUUGCUGUAAUUUUCGGUGAAUGUAUUGCUGUGAAAUCUUUAGCCCGUUUUAAGCAAAAUAUAUAUAUCAUUUUAUAUAGUUUUAUGUGCAAGUUGGGCCGAGUUAUUUGAGUAGUUUUUAGUGUCCCCAAUUGUCGCUUCCUGCAUGCAACCGACCCGGGAGGGUUUAUUCUGCGAAUAACUUGGGAAAAAAACGUACCAAAAUUUACAAAACUUGUAUUUCUGGGCACGCAGGAUCGCCUUUUUUUGGCCAUACAGUUUCUUAUUGCAAUAUCACGUCAAUCCAAUCGAAGUUGAAGCUAUUUCCCGACUAAGAUUUAAUCAAUAUGCACAUCGUAACAUGGCCUAUUAAUUGCGUUUGUCACCUUGAACACCACGAAAUUGAAUUAAUUUUUAUAAUGUCUGGGGGUGUUACAAGGUGUAAACAAUGGGAAUUUUUGAGGUCUUUUAAAUUUGCCUUCCAAUGAAAGACAUGACGUUUCAAAGAUCUCUGAUCUCUCAAGAAUAUCACCUGCAAUUCGCUUUGUUUCCGACUGUUUUGUCGAGCUAAACAUUAGACUUUUUUAAAGUUUAAAACCGACAAGAUGCACAUGUUUCAUGAAUUUAUUAACAAUACAACAAACAUGUUCAAAGUGUAACACUCGAAUUUUCAUGAAACUUGGCACAAGUCACAUAUUUCGGACAUAGGCCACAUAUAAAUUCAUAAAAAUUGUAGCUUGCGCUUUGAGAUAUUUAACGAGUUUUGCACCCCUAGAGAGUACGCAAAAUGCGGAGAGCGGUCAGAGAAAACACUUUAUCCGUAUCUUUGCCAGUUUCGGGCAGAAAGAGUUCAUUUUUUUGUGGAAAGAUUGCUCUCUAUGAUCAAAAUAUCAGAAAAAAAUUCAUGGCCCAAAAAACGGGACCUCGGGGAUCCCAAGAAUAUAUUGUUCUUAAAUGUUGCUUCGUUAUUUCUCAAGUCAUUAGCAAAAUCGAAGCUAAAAAUGUCCGAAUGGCACCAUCCACUUUAACGCCCCUGUUUCAGGAGCUCCGAGCGAUGAGCGAUGAGCUAUGCGAGCUGACCGAGGCCUACAACAAGAGUGCGUUCAGUCGAGGCGUGGAGUUGGUCACUGUUCUGAACUCAUUCAUUGGAUUCAUCGUGCUCAUCAGCGUCUUUGCGCGGAAGAAAAAAUUGACUGCUCAUCCCAAUUUUAAGGUAACAGAGGUUGUUAUGUGUCAUACAUAUAGUUGACAGCGAGCUUUGCGAAGUGCAACGUCCUGAUUUUGGUGAAAUUUAGCACACACUUUGGGCAUAGACCACAUAUUUCUACAACGCAUAUAUCCAUUUUAAAAUCAGCAAGCAAAAUUUUUCUUAAUGUCUAGUACAAUAUCGGGGCAGUGUGGGUAGCAGGUGAACCUUAUGUGGCCUUGUCAUACACCAUUUGAAAACGCUUUACCUGAGCUUCAAACCCGUAUAUCCAACAUACUCCGUAAUGCGUCUCAAAGCUUACAGUAAUUCACACAAAUCGACGACCCAAAAAUUUGCAAGACUUAUGGGACACCCUAAUAUAAGCUACAGCAAAUUUUAGUUUGUGUUUUGCACGGGCAGUCGAGAUAUUCAACGAUCUUCGCCACCGAAAGAGUAUGCAAAACGUGGAGAGCGGUCAGAGAAAGAACACUUUUUGGCCGUAUUUUUGCCAGUUUCGCGCGGAAAACAUUGAUUUUUUGUGGAAACAUUACCUCUACGGUAGAAAUAGGCAGGAAAAACCAUUUAUCAAUUCCUCUAGAGGGGUUACUCGCGCUAUAGAGGUGUCCAGAAGGCCUGGCGAAAUCGCUAGAGACUCGGCAAAGACUUGUCGAGUGCUCGGCAGAGACUUUACAAAGGCUCAGCGAAGGAUUGGCGGUAACUUUGCGAAGGCUUGGCAAAGGCAUUUAUCAAUUCCUCAAGAGGCUAGCUCGCGCUAUAGAGGUGUCUACAAAACCUGGCAAAAGCCGUUCGAGACUCAGCGAAGACUUGUCACGGGCUUGGCGGAUGCUCGGCGAAGGCUCAGCAAAGGCUCGGCGAAGGUUCAACGGGAGAUCGGUGGAGCCGAAGACUUCCAGUAUGACCUCUUUUUCGAAUUUUAG